AUUUUUUACACCACAUGCUACUGCAUCAAAGUGGGUGACUUUGGUUUCAGUGUUGUCAGUGAGCCGACCGAAACUCUGAAAACGUUUUGCGGCUCCCCGCCGUAUGCAGCCCCUGAGCUGUUCAGAGACAAAAGCUACGUGGGCCGUUAUGUGGACAUCUGGGCACUGGGCAUCCUACUCUACUUUAUGGUGACCGCCACCAUGCCUUUCUACGCCAACAACUUAGGCCGACUGAAACGCUGCAUCCUGCAGGGGGCAUACAGCAUCCCGCCCUAUGUCCCUGAGCCCUGCCAACUGGCCAUCAAAGGCAUGCUGAGACCCGUACCUGUGGACCGGACCACUGUGUCACAGCUGAUGGUAUGCUCCUGGCUGAGGGGCAUCGAAUACCCCAAACCCUAUCCUGCUUUCAGCGCGACGCCCAAUUACCUGGCUGACCCUGUGAAGAGUCUGUGUGUGGAGGAACAGGAAGUGAAGUCGGCCCUGAGUGAGCUGGGCAUCAGUGGCACGCACCUGCAGAAUAACACCUGCACUGACUGUCGCAGCCCAAUAACAGGAAUUUAUCGUAUCCUGCUGCACCGCAUCCAGAAGAGGAGAUCCGCGGAAGCGGUAGGAUAUUCCGCCCUGUACCCGGAAGAUUUUGGUACCAAGAAAUACUGGGCCAACAACGCAACUGCUAAGCACAAUCCUUCUGCAGUGUGUAAUGUCUUAUGA